AUGGAUGAAACACUUAUCGCAACUAUUAAUAAGCUACAAGAUGCCCUAGCUCCCUUAGGUGGAGGUUCUGGCUCACCUGUUGAUUUGCCUCAAAUAACUGUUCUUGGUUCUCAAUCAUCAGGGAAGUCGUCAGUCUUAGAAAAUAUAGUCGGAAGAGACUUUUUACCAAGAGGUACAGGUAUAGUAACAAGAAGACCCUUAAUUUUACAAUUAAUCAACAGAAGGCCAGCAAAAAGAAACUCCUCGAUCUUAGUGGAUAUCGAUGGCUCUUCAUCCCCCAAAUCUCCAAAUCUUAAUGGAUCUUCAAUAAGAACUGAAAAUAAUAAAGACGAAUGGGGUGAAUUUUUACAUUUACCUGGCAAAAAGUUUUUCAAAUUUGAUGACAUUAGAAAAGAAAUUGUUAAAGAAACCGAAAAAAUUACAGGUAAAAAUGCUGGAAUAUCAUCAAUCCCAAUAAAUUUAAGAAUUUAUUCUCCUCAUGUUUUAACUUUAACUUUAGUUGAUUUACCUGGUUUAACCAAAGUUCCUGUUGGGGAUCAACCAAAGGAUAUUGAAAAACAAAUUAAAGACAUGGUUUUAAAAUUUAUUUCAAAGCCAAAUGCAAUUAUAUUGUCUGUUAAUGCUGCUAAUAUUGAUUUGGCAAAUUCAGAUGGUUUAAAAUUAGCAAGAGAAGUUGAUCCAGAAGGAACAAGAACCAUAGGUGUUCUAACAAAAGUAGAUUUAAUGGAUGUGGGAACAGAUGUUAUUGAUAUCUUAGCUGGUAGAGUUAUUCCAUUAAGAUAUGGAUAUGUUCCUGUUAUCAAUAGAGGCCAAAAGGACAUUGAGACAAGUAAAUCAAUCAGAAAUGCUUUAUUAGAUGAAAAAAGGUUUUUUGAAAACCAUCCUUCUUACAGUUCAAAAUCUCAUUACUGCGGUACUCCCUAUUUAGCUAAGAAACUAAAUUCAAUCCUAUUGCAUCAUAUUAAGCAAACAUUGCCUGAAAUUAAAUUGAGAAUUGAGAGCGCUUUGAAAAAGUAUCAAUUAGAAUUAAAUAACUUGGGCCCAGAAAUUGUUGAUUCACCAUCUUCAAUAGUUUUGGGUGUAAUUACUAACUUUUGCAAAGAUUAUAAUAGUAUUUUAGAAGGUGAAUCCAAAGACAUUAGUUCUCAAGAAUUAAGUGGUGGUGCAAGAAUUUCGUAUGUUUUCCAUGAAAUUUUUAAAAACGGAGUUAACGCCUUGGAUCCAUUUGAUCAAAUCAAAGAUAUUGAUAUCAGAACCAUUAUGUACAAUUCAAGUGGUGCAAAGCCUUCGUUAUUUGUUGGCACAGGUGCUUUUGAAGUGCUAGUUAAACAGCAAAUUAGCAGAUUUGAAGAUCCUGUUUUGAGAUGUGUUACAUUAAUCUUCGAUGAAUUGGUCAGAAUUUUAACACAAAUUUUAUCAAAUCCACAGUAUUCAAGAUAUCCUGCUUUGAAGGAAAAAGUUUCCCAAGUGUUUGUAUUGUAUUUAAAAGAAAGAUUAAUCCCUACAAAUCAAUUUUCUAUUGAUAUUAUCAGAGCAGAACAAACAUAUGUCAAUACCGCCCACCCUGAUUUAUUAAAGGGGAAUCAAGCCAUGGCAAUGGUUGAAGAGAAAUUACAUCCCCCAAGAACUGUGCAAAUUGAUCCUAAAACAGGAAAACCUUUGAAGAUUCAAAACUCCCCUUCACCAUCGAUUAAUGGGCAAGCGCAAUUAGCUGCUGACGACAAAUCAAGUGGGUUCUUUGGAGGAUUUUUUUCCACCAAGAAUAAGAAAAGAAUGGUGGCAAUGGAGGCUCCACCUCAGGUAUUGAGAGCUUCGGGCUCAAUGUCAGAAAGAGAAACAAUGGAAACUGAGGUGAUCAAGUUAUUGAUUCAAAGUUAUUUCAAUAUUGUGAAAAGAACGGUAGCCGAUGUGAUACCAAAGGCAAUUAUGCUAAAAUUGAUUGUCAAGAGCAAAGAUGAAAUUCAAAAGAUUUUGCUAGAGAAGUUGUAUGGAUCUAAUGAUGUCAGUGAUUUGAUUAGAGAAAAUGAAAUAACAGUUCAAAGAAGAAAAGAAUGCAAGAAAAUGGUUGAGGUUUUGACCAAUGCCAGCGAGAUUGUUUCUAGUGUUUGA